CAGACGCGGGGCCGAGCCCGGGACGAGCUGCGUCCCGCCCUAAGCCGCUGCAGGGAACGGAGGUGGCGCCUCCCCAGCAAACCGGCCAGACUGGGUACGGCCGGCCGCCCACCUUGCCCUUUCUCGUGUCGUGGCUCCUGAGUGGCCCGGAGAACUGGGCCACGCACCGCGAGGCCUCCGCGCCCGCUCGGGACUCGGCUAAGGGAGGCGGCCGCUGGCGGCCGGUCCGGGGCUCCGUCAUCGCGCGAUCCCGGCUACCGGAUGGCUCGGGGCUCGGAUCUCUCGCCCCAAACUUCGUGCCCCGCGGUGUCCGCUCGAGUUCUGGGAUUUUUACGCAACUGGACCCCCCCUGACAGCCCCUGGAGGGGGGGUUGAGGGGCUGGUCGGACGGAGAGAGCGCCACGGGGCUCUGACUCAUCCGUCGGGCCGGAACCCGGGCCCCAGGAAGAGACCCUUCGCCGCCGCAGCUCGGCUCCAGGACGGGGACGCCCUUCGUGUGGUCACCCGGCCGUGGCUUUCUGGACCUCGCCGAAAGCUGAGUCCGGCGAUGUCGGAGCACGCUGCCACCCGCGCGCGCGCGCGGUCCGAGUGUCUGGCGGGGCGCACCUCACCUCGGGGAGCCGCUCCGGACCCCGCCAGCGUCGUCUCCUCUCCCUCAGAUUCGGCGGACGGAGGGAACGAUGCGUGUGCCCCCGCGGCCCGGGCUCCGGGCGGGGGAGGCGAGCCCCACAGCCCACACCGCGACGCCCGCCUGGGCAGCACCGAUAAGAAGCUGAAGGCAGGAGCCACCGCCGAGGGCAGCGCCCCGGGAGCACUGGGGAGCCCUAGGCAGCGGCCGCCGCGGGUCAAGGUUAUGGAUGCAGCCCGGGGCCCCCAGAACCAGCUCCCACGGCCCUGCAUUGUACUGGUGCUGCUCAACCCACGCGGCGGCAAAGGCAAGGCCCUGCAGCUCUUCCGGAGCCACGUGCAGCCCCUGCUGGCCCAGGCCGAUGUCUCCUUCAGGCUUAUGCUCACUGAACGGCGGAAUCACGCCCGGGAGCUAGUGCGGGCUGAGGAGCUGGGGCGCUGGGAUGCGCUGGUGGUCAUGUCUGGAGACGGAGUGAUGCACGAGGUGGUGAAUGGGCUCAUGGAGCGGCCUGACUGGGAGACCGCCAUCCUGAAGCCUCUGUGUAGUCUCCCAGCUGGUUCCGGCAACGCGUUGGCAGCUUCGCUGAACCAUUAUGCAGGCUACGAGCAGGUGACGAACGAAGACCUCCUGAACAACUGCACACUGCUGCUGUGCCAAAGGCAGCUGGCCCCCAUGAACCUGCUGUCCCUGCAGCUGUUCUCGGGACUGCGCGUCUUCUCCGUGCUCAGCCUGGCCUGGGGCCUCAUCGCUGACGUGGACAUCGAGAGUGAGAAGUUCCGGCGCCUGGGAGAGAUGCGCUUCACGCUGGGCACCCUCCUGCGCCUGGUGGCCCUACGCAUCUACCACGGCAGGCUGGCCUACCUCCCCGUAGAGCAGGUGGUCUCCAAGGCGCCCGCCUCCCCUCUGGACCGGCAGGACCGGCAGGGCCCCGUGGACGCCCACCUCGUGCCCCUGGAGGAGCCGGUGCCUGCUCACUGGACGGUGGUGCCGGAGCAGGACUUCGUGCUGGUUCUGGUGCAGCUGCACUCACACCUGGGCAGCGAGAUGUUUGUCGCACCCAUGGGCCACCGUGUGGCCGGCGCUAUGCACCUGUUCUACGUGCGGGCAGGCGUGUCUCGGGCCUCACUGCUGCGCCUCUUCCUGGCCAUGGAGAAGGGCAGGCACAUGGAGUGCAACUGUCCCUACUUGGUGUACGUGCCCGUGGUGGCCUUCCGCCUGGAGCCCAAGGACGGGAAGGGGGUGUUUGCUGUGGACGGGGAGAUGGUGGUCAGCGAGGCUGUGCAGGGCCAGGUGCACCCCGACUAUUUCUGGAUGGUCAGCGGCCAUGGGGACCCCUCACCUUCUCUAGAGCCACAGUGGCCGCCGCCCAGCCGGAAGCCUCAGGAGACACCGCCUCCAGAGGUUUCCUUAUGAUUCCUUGGGCCUUGCUGUGCCUUAGUGCGUCUGCCCAAUGCAAUCUGAGCUUGGAGCCCUCUCCCCUUCCCCCAGGACUGGAGGGCUGUCCCAGCUCUGCGCCAGCGCCCCUGGGCAAGAGGAGGCACAGGAAGGGGAAGACUCCUGCGGAAGGCUGGGCAGAGGCUGUGCUUCAGAAAGAGCAGCCGGCUGGGCCCCCCGGUGAUGUGGGAGCCAUCCUGUUUUCUGGCCCCCGCCCCCCCCCAAUCAAAUCUGAAUAAAGUCACAUUCCCA